GUUUCCGUUAAGAUGGCUGUCGGUGCCUUCCCCAUCGCCAAGCUCCUCUACCUCGGUGUACGGCAGCUCAGCAAGCCCGUGGCCAACAGGCUCAAGGCCGGGGCUCUCCGGAGCGAGUUCUUCAAGACAUAUGUUUGUCUUCCGCCGGGACAGAGUAAGUAAUUUAGUUUCAUUGAAGCUACAGAGUGAGUGGUUCUGAUAACCGGGAGGUUGGGGAGAGUCGAAGGACGGGAGCGUCAUGUAAUAGCUAACCAAUAGAAUUCACCUGUCACUGCUACUAGGCCAAUAGUUUACAUGGGCAAUGGUCGUGAAGAACGCCUAUUGGUGACUUUAGGUGAUUGAAAUAGAAAUGGUCCAAUGAUACAGUAACUACGUCAGUCAGGAGGAUUAUCCAGCGAACCAUGAAGCCAAUUGGAGCGCGUUAAGAUUAAUGAUUGCAGGACUUCGUUCGUUUGUCAUUGAAGUUGUCUGUAGGAAAUUAAAUGGAAGUGCUUUUUUUUGCCCCUUAUUACGAAAGUACCGUACACUUUUACAUUACAGCGACCUCCAGCAUUAGUAUUACAGUAUUAGCUAUGUCAGUAUAGAUGUAAAGAGCUUUAUCUGAAUACAUAUAAUUUUGCAUGCGUACCAUGCUCUCUAUCUGAGCAGAAACAUGAAUAGAUUGAUCGCAAUGUGGGUCAAUAGGGUGCAACUGCACCCCGCAAUUCAUUGGCGUUCCUGCAUGUGGGCAUUUCUUCAUCUGCAGGAACACCCCCCUCGAGUAUCCCAUUGGUUCCUUCAUGAACGCAGGCGGGGCCAAGGACACUGUCUACCGGUCGCUACAUCAGAACCAUGAAAGCCAAUUGGAGCGCGUUAAAAUUAGUGAACGCAGGACUUCGUUCGUUUGUCAUUGAGGUUGUCUGUAGGAAAUGAAAUGGAAGUACUUUUUUGCCCCUUAAUACGAAUGUGCUGUACACUUUUACAUUACAGCGACCUCAAUGACAAUUCGGGGCGUUCCUGCAUGUGGGCAUUUCUUCAUCUGCAGGAACGCCCCCCCUCGAGCAUCCCAUUGGUUCCUUCAUGACACCGGUCGCCCCCACCUCCUGCUAGCACAGCGUGGGGGGGGGGGGUGUGUAUCAAUAUUUACUUUAGUGUGGUGGUUAUAUCAGUAUUUACUUUAGUGUGGUGGUGGUGGUUAUAUCAAUAUUUACUUCAGUGUGGUGGUGGUGGUUAUAUCAAUAUUUACUUCAGUGUGGUGGUUAUAUCAAUAAUUGACUUCAGUAUGGUGGUGGUGGUUAUAUCAUAUUGUUACUUCAGUGUGGUGGUGGGUGGUUAUCAAUAUUUACUUCAGUGUGGGGGGGAUCAAUAUUUACGUUCAGUGGUGGUGGUGGUUAUCAAUAUUUUACUUCAGUGUGGUGUGGUAUAUCAAUAUUUACUUUAGUGUGGUGGUGGUUGGUUAUGCAAUAUUUUACUACAUUCAGUGUGGUGGUUAUAUCAAUAUUUACUUCAGUGUGGUGGUGGUGGUUAUAUCAAUAUUUACUUCAGUGUGGUGGUUAUAUCAAUAUUUACUUCAGUGUGGUGGUGGUGGUUAUAUCAAUAUUUACUUCAGUAUGGUGGUGGUGGUUAUAUCAAUAUUUACUUCAGUGUGGUGGUGGUGGUUAUAUCAAUAUUUACUUCAGUGUGGUGGUGGUGGUUAUAUCAAUAUUUACUUCAGUGUGGUUGUGGUUAUAUCAAUAUUUACGCGUAAGGGUUUCCACUGACAUUUCUCGCAUAAUUCCUUUUACUGACACAAAAAGGCCUGUCGGUGCGGCAACAAGUAGAUGACAGCGUGUCACACAGUGCUACCAAAACAAAGAUCUACACACAUGCAAGAGGCAUGUCUCUCUUAAUACAAAACAUGGAUUUACUAUCUCUCUGAAUUUUCUCAGGUUUUUCUGGAUAAAUAUCAGCCUGUGUGUCCCUGGGCCUGUACCUGGCUUGUGUUCAUACCACCUGUUGUAUAAAGUAGUAAUGGCACCGGUUCUCUCUCUCUGAUUCCCUCCCGCUCUAGUUUACCACUGGGUGGAGAUGAAGACCAAGAUGAGGAUCAUGGGUUUCCGGGGUGCCACCAUCAAGCCCCUGAACGAGGAGGCGGCAGCAGAGCUGGGUGCAGAGCUGCUGGGGGAGGCCAUCAUCUUCAUCAUCGGGGGAGGGUGUAUGAUCCUAGAGUACAGCAGACAGGCGGCCAACUCUAAGAGGAAGGAAGAAGAGCUGAGUCACACCAUUGGCAGUCUGCAGACACAGAUAGGAGAGCUGGCCCUGAACACAGAGACACUGGAUGCCAGGCUGAGGGAGGUCAACCGGCUGCUACUCUCCUUACCUCCUCCAGCCCUAGCACAGUCUUCUCCUACUACCACGCAACUUCCUGUUUCUGAUCCUACUACCACGCAACUUCCUGUUUCUGAUCCCGCUCCCACGCUGGCUUCCUCUUCCGUGGAUCCCAGCCAAAAGUGA